CACUCAGUGAUAUAUAUCACUUGUAACCCUGCUCAAAUCCCAUGAGCACUUUUCGUCACAUCAUCUCUAUAAUUGCAAAACGUAUUUAUGUAUUUGAACCUCCACUGACUGAGGUUCGCUUCACUCUGAAAUAUUUGGACACUAUCCGGAUAAGAUAAUACAUUAUAAACUCAUUAAACUCAAGUUAUCAAGCCGUAAUCUGAAAUUUAGUUAAGACGCCGAGCCACCUAAAACAUGGGAAAAUUUGAGGUAAUUGUAAUAGCGGGAGUCGUUUUGUAUGUGGCAUAUCUUUAUCAACCAAAACCCCCUCUUCCAGUCACUCCUGACCUAGAUUUCUGCCCCUCGGAGGGGUUUGAGGAAAAAACCCAAGAUGCUUUAAAAUUGUUAAGAAACGACCAGGAAAAAAAUGUUAUCGUAUUUGGCGAAACAGGUGUUGGAAAGAGUUCUCUCAUAAACAUGAUCGUGGAUAAGCAGAUAGCUGAGACAUCCGACAAAGCUGUCGGAUGCACUUUUGAGCACCAAAAGUACAGCUUUCUCAAUUACAAUAUUUUCGACACUGUGGGUCUCGGUGAGCCAGAGGGAGGAACCGUCAGCACGAAAGAUGCCGUUGGGAAACUCCUCGAAUUAAUAACUGUGCUAAAAUCCAGUCCUGGGAUCAAUCUGUUAAUCCUUGUAAUGAAGAAGGGAAGAAUCACUGAAAGCUUGAAGACAAAUUAUGAACUUUUUGUCAACAUUAUGACGGAAAAAAAGGUUCCGGUGUUUUUGGUUAUAACCCAUGCUGAUGGGGAGAAGGAAAAGAAUAAGUGGUACGUCGACAAUGUGGACCAUUUCAGGAGACACAAAGCCCAUUUUCAUGACGUUACCACCGUUUGCGCUAAAAAAGGCGAAAAUGUGCAUAAAAAUAUGCAAUGUUAUUUUAAAAAUUGUUAUGCUGAAUCCAGAUACAAUGUUCUGACCUUGAUCAAGAAAUACUCGUUGGCAGAACCGUACCAAAUUAGGGGGUUGACAUUUUCGAAAAGAGUGGCCUCCAUGGUGAAUAUCAUAACUGACUUUUUUGGAUAUCCUCGAACGCUAUGGGAAGAAUUGUACGAGUUCCUGCUUGACCUUGGUUUUAGUGAUGUAGAUGCAAGGAGAAAGUCAAACGCACUUUUUAACUGAUUGUAUAUAAAAAUUUUAUUCAAUCAAGUUUUAUUAAUUUAGAAAUCUUAAUUAACAUAAGUUAAUAUAUAAUAUGUCCUAUGUUUAGAAGUUUAAAAUAAAUUCCCCAGGGCCUAGAAAUGAUUAAAAAUGUGCUGAUUUUGACAAUGA